AUGAGGUGUGUCCUCCUCCUGGUACUUUUCGCCGCGACGUUCGCUGCUCUUUGGCUCCUCAUGCAGCCGAAAGACGUCGACCUAGAAAGAUAUGCACAAGAUUCGAGCAGAUCGAACGCAGGGGGGAGAGAAUACACGCCUCAGCGGCCUGGACCUCCAGAUCGUUCUUCACCUCGUCCAAUAGAGCAAGAACAAGAAUCCGCACGCUCUCAAUCUCCCCAACCCCCACCACGUAUCCCUCCUGCACCAGACGCCCCCCUCCCUCCUCCACUCGUCGAUACCCUCCCUCCCCCUCCGACCGACGUAGUUGCAGAACCGAACCCGAAUGACCCGAAGCUGCACAAGUUUCCUCCAAUCGAGAAAGAGGGUCCGAGGGAGAUCGACCUCCGUUGGUGGCUCGACCAUGGAGCUACGUGGUUCCUCGAGCCUAUUCCUGCCCUGGUAGAUGCACCCCCUCCCUCGACGUUCAAGUGCGAGAACACUCCUGAUUUCGGACCGCUCCUUCUGAUUGCAGUGUUCUCCACUGCCAAAGGUUGGGAGAAGCGCGACCUCAUCCGCGUGCUCGGUAGACAAGGAUUGGGUCCCGCAAUCGCAUCCCAAGUUCUAUUCCGUUUUGUCGUAGGCCGAACGAAUGACAAGGAGUCCGAAGAUCGAUUGCAGCUCGAGAUUCAGCGAUAUGGGGAUAUACUGCAACUCGAAUUUCCGGAGAAUAUGGAUGAGGGAAAGACGUACCAGUUCUUGCGCUGGGUGGGGGAAAGGCCAGAGAGCGAAAGACCGAGAUUUGCCAUGAAGACGGACGAUGAUACAUUCCUUGUGCUCCCCAAUCUGCUCAGCGUUAUCUCCUCCCUCGACUGCUCGCAGAACAUAUAUUUUGGGACUUCGUGGGGAGCGUGUAUUACCGACUGUUAUCCGUUCUAUAUGCGCGGGAUGGCAUAUGGGCUCAGUUGGCCUCUGAUCCGCUGGCUGACAACAGCCAGUCUCUCGUUCGACGACUAUCGCUCAACAGAAGACGCGCGUACGGGCUCUUGGUUCCUCUCCCUCCCAGCGACCGAGAAGAUGUAUGUCGUAGACUUGGAGCGGAGACUGGGCGAUUGGGAUGGGAUCAGCAUACCCGUCAAUUCGGGCACGGUCGCACUGCAUGCGAUGAAAAGUAAUUGGUUAUGGGCCAAGGUCGGGCUACAACUGAUGGACACCUGGGAGAAGGAGGAAAAAGAGUACAUGUACAAUGGUGAGCGAAGCAGAAAGGGGAGGGAGUUGCCUGAGGGUGAGGAAGGGGGGGAGGAAGAGCAAGACCCGGAGCCAUAG